AUGGCGGGGGCCGGCGCCGGCAGCCGGGACAAGCGGGCGACGGCGGCGCGGCUGAAGGCGGCGCUGGGCGGCGAGGGGGGCGCGGCGGCGGCGGCGGAGCUGCGGGCGCUGCUGGAGCGGGUGCUGGCCCCGGCGGCGGGCCCGGGCGGCGGCGAGGCGGCGGGCGAGGCGCUGGAGUGGUGCCGCUGCCUACUGUCGGGCGGGGAGCCCUGGGACAGCUUCGUGCAAGCCGUGCGGGCCUACGACCCGGCCACGCUGUGCGGCCUGGUGUGGACCGCCAACUUCGUGGCCUACCGGUGCCGGACGUGCGGCAUCUCGCCCUGCAUGAGCCUGUGCGCCGAGUGCUUCCACCAGGGCGAGCACGCCGGGCACGACUACAACAUGUUCCGGAGCCAGGCGGGGGGCGCCUGCGACUGCGGCGACAGCAACGUCAUGCGGGAGGCCGGGUUUUGUAAAAGACACCGGAUUAAAUCAAAUUCAAAUGUUCCAUGUGUCCCAAAAGACUUGUUGAUGAUGUCAGAAUUAGUUCUUCCACAGUUCAUCUUUAGUCUUAUUCAGCACUUAAGAGAGGGAUAUAAUGAGCCUGCUCUUGAUCUGCCAUCAGAGAAAGACCUUCAUAAAAUCCUCCAGGUUUUGGAGCCUCAUGUUUCCUUUCUAGAAGACUUGACCAAAAUGGGAGGAGCAAUGAGAUCGGUUCUUACCCAGGUUUUGACUAGCCAACAGUUCUACAAAGAUCUUAGCUCUGGUGUUGGAGAGAAUGCAUGUACAAAGAAGAGUCACGAAAAGUACCUCAUUGCCUUGAAAGGCUCUGGACUGGCAUUUCCCGAGGAUAAAAUUGCAUGUGGUAUGCAGGAGCAAGGAGCUGGAACUAGUACAUUAGCUGUUCAAGGUUUAGCAGGUGCUACAGCAGCAUCAGGACAAGGGGAUUCUUCAGAUGAGGAGGACCAGGAUGGUAGCCAAGGUGUGGGAAAGCGCAAGAGGGUGAAACUAAGCAGCACCACCAAAGAUCAAUCUAUCAUGGAUGUUUUGAAGCAUAAAUGUUUUCUAGAAGAAUUAUUAUUUUGGACAAUAAAAUAUGAGUUUCCACAGAAGAUGGUGACUUUCUUACUCAACAUGCUACCAGAUCAAGAUUAUAAGAUUGCUUUUACAAAAACUUUUGUUCAGCAUUAUGCUUUUAUUAUGAAAACACUGAAGAAAAGCCAUGAAUCAGACACAAUGUCUAAUAGAAUUGUGCAUAUCAGUGUUCAGUUGUUCAGCAAUGAAGAACUAGCACGCCAAGUAACAGAAGAAUGCCAGCUGCUGGAUAUUAUGGUUACUGUUCUGUUGUACAUGAUGGAAAGUUGCCUUAUUAAAAGUGAAUUGCAAGAUGAAGAAAAUAGUUUACAUGUUGUGGUGAAUUGUGGGGAAGCACUACUGAAGAAUAAUACCUACUGGCCCCUGGUUAGUGAUUUUAUAAACAUACUUUCACACCAAAGUGUGGCAAAGAAAUUUUUGGAAGAUCAUGGUCUUUUGGUAACAUGGAUGAAUUUCGUAUCAUUUUUUCAAGGUAUGAAUUUAAAUAAACGAGAAUUAAAUGAGCACGUGGAGUUUGAAUCGCAGACAUACUAUGCUGCCUUUGCUGCUGAGCUGGAAGCCUGUGCCCAGCCAAUGUGGGGUCUUCUGUCACACUGCAAAGUUAGGGAAACACAGGAAUACACACGGAAUGUUGUCAGAUACUGCCUCGAAGCGCUUCAGGACUGGUUUGAUGCUAUCAACUUUGUAGAUGAGCCAGCUCCUAACCAAGUUACUUUCCAUUUGCCGUUGCACCGUUACUUUGCCAUGUUUUUAAGUAAGGCUGUCAAAUGCCAAGAACUAGAUCUGGAUACUAUCUUGCCAGAUCAGGAGAUGCUGAUGAAACUAAUGAUUCACCCGCUUCAGAUUCAGGCAAGUCUUUCUGAAAUUCACAGCAACAUGUGGGUUAGGAAUGGUCUCCAAAUUAAAGGACAGGCCAUGACUUACGUGCAGUCCCAUUUCUGCAAUUCCAUGAUUGAUCCUGAUAUUUACUUGCUGCAAGUCUGUGCCUCUAGACUGGACCCAGAUUAUUUUAUUUCAUCUGUUUUCGAAAGAUUUAAGGUGGUAGAUCUAUUAACGAUGGCAUCACAGCAUCAAAAUACAGUUCUUGACUCAGAGCAUGAAAGGUCCAUGCUGGAAGGAGCCUUAACAUUUUUGGUCCUUCUGUUAAGUCUUCGUUUACAUUUAGGAAUGACAGAUGAUGAGAUCCUCAGGGCGGAGAUGGUAGCCCAACUCUGUAUGAAUGACAGGACACACAGUUCAUUAUUGGAUCUCAUUCCAGAAAACCCCAAUCCCAAAAGUGGUAUUAUUCCAGGAAGUUUAAGCUUUGAAUCAGUCCUGUCAGCUGUUGCUGACUUUAAAGCUCCUGUUUUUGAACCUGGAGGUUCCAUGCAACAAGGAAUGUAUACACCUAAAGCUGAAGUUUGGGAUAAGGAGUUUGACCCUGUCAUGGUAAUACUUCGAACAGUUUACCGUAGAGAUGUGCAGUCUGCAAUGGACAGAUAUACAGCAUUUUUAAAGCAAAGUGGUAAAUUCCCUGGAAACCCAUGGCCUCCGUACAAGAAGAGAACACCACUACACCCAAGUUACAAAGGUCUCAUAAAGCUUUUGCACUGUAAAACCCUGCACAUCGUGCUCUUCACACUUCUUUACAAGAUAUUAAUGGAUCAUCAGAAUUUAUCAGAGCAUGUGCUUUGCAUGGUUUUGUAUUUGAUUGAGCUGGGGUUGGAAAAUUCUCCAGAACAAGAAUCAGAUGAAGAGUACAUUUUGGGAGGGGAGAGGAGUCUUUUUAAGUUUUGUGCUUUUCCUCCUAGCUUAAAAUAUUUUGUAAGGUUUUGUGAAUGUAUGUUGUUUAUUGUAUUUUUGCAAAUUAAUCGUUAUGAUUUUUUUCCCAAGAAUUCGGGGACAGCUCAAGUGUUCAGUUUGGUCGCAGAACGUAGGAAGAAAUUUCAGGAGAUCAUCAAUCGGAACACCAGUGAGGCAAAUCAGGUGGUUCGGCCCAAAACAUCCAUGAAAUGGUCAGCUCCUGGUGCAACUCCACAGCUCACCACAGCCAUUCUAGAAGUCAAGGAAAGCAUACUGUCCUUGCUGAUUAAAUUGCAUCACAAACUCUCAGGAAAACAAAACUCUUACUAUCCUCCGUGGUUGGAUGAUGUGGAUGUUUUAAUCCACCCAGAAAUUCCAAGAUACUCUCACGGUGAUGGAAUGACGGCAGUAGAAAGAAUUUUAUUGAAAGCUGCUGUACAGAGCAGAUUGAAUAAACGUAUAAUCGAAGAGAUAUGCAGGAAGGUGACACCUCCUGUCCCACCAAAAAAGAUUAGUUCUGCGGAGAAGAAAACUUUGGAUAAAGAAGAAAGACGACAGAAGGCUAGAGAAAGGCAGCAGAAACUGUUAGCUGAAUUUGCGUCAAGGCAGAAAAGCUUCAUGGAAACUGCCAUGGAUGUUGAAUCUCCAGAUGUCGAUAUCGCCAUGGAGGUAGCUACGUCCGAACAGCACGUUUCUGAGGCAAUAUAUGAUUGUGUUAUUUGUGGACAAAGCGGGCCUUCUACUGAAGACAGACCUGCAGGACUAGUUGUACUAUUACAAGCAUCCUCAGUGUUGGGGCAGUGCCGCAAUAGCACUGAACCAAAGAGACUGCCAACUACCGAGGAGGAGCAAAUAUAUCCCUGGGAUACCUGUGCAGCGCUGCAUGACGUGAGGCUUUCAACUUUACAGAGAUACUUCAAAGAUAGUUCCUGUCUGCAAGCAGUGUCAAUAGGCUGGGAAGGAGGUGUUUAUGUACAAACAUGUGGUCACACUUUACACAUAGAUUGUCACAAAUCUUACAUGGAAUCUUUACGGAAUGACCAAGUCCUCCAGGGUUUUUCAGUGGACAAAGGAGAAUUUACCUGUCCCCUCUGUAGGCAGUUUGCUAACAGUGUUCUUCCUUGUUAUCCUGGAAACAACGUGGAGAGAAGCGUUUGGCAAAGUCAUAGUAACAAGUGUAUGCAAGACCUUGUACAAGAGGUGGAAGAUCUUCAAGAACAGCUGGGAACUUUCCCAUCUGAAACCAAUCUCAGUAAAGAAAUGGAAUCUGUAAUGAAAGAUAUAAAAAGUACCACACAGAAGAAGUAUACAGAUUAUAGUAAGAGUCCUGGAUCACCUGACAACGAUUUCCUGUUCAUGUAUUCUGUAGCCAGAACAAACUUGGAACUUGAACUGGUCCAUCGAGGAGGAAAUUUGUGUUCAGGAGGUGCAAGCACAGCUGGGAAAAGAUCAUGUUUAAAUCAGCUGUUCCACGUAUUGGCCAUGCACAUGCGCCUCUACAGUAUAGACUCUGCAUACAAUCCCUGGAGAAAACUAACCCAGCCGAUGCAGGAUAAAAAUUCAGAGCUGGUAAGUGAAGAGCUGCCAGAAGUUCCUGUGCUUUACAGAGAUGUCUCGUCCCUUUUGCUUAUCCAGAUUUUAACCAUGCCUCAACCAUUGCACAAAGAACACUUCACCUGCAUUAUAAAAGUGCUGUUCACUUUAUUGUAUACUCAAGCCUUGGCAGCAAUUUCUGUUAAAUGUGGUGCUGAAGAUAGGCUGGCAUGGAAAGAGGCAGGAGCUCUGAAAAAGAAUACAUCCAGUGGAGAAAAAUCUUGGGAAGUAUUGCUGGGUCAUGUGAUUAGUGAGCUGUCUAAGGGGAAGAUAUAUGAAGAAGGAGACACUGAAGAAUUAGCAGUGGUAAAUCCGGAUUCUGUAGAGCGUGAUCUGCAGCAGUUCUGCCUGCCUUUCCUCAGGAUCACAAGCCUUCUUCAACACCAUCUUUUUGGAGUGGACUUGCCUAGUUGUCAGGAAGAGGAAGAAUUCACAGUUCUUGCAAGCUGCCUGGGUCUGUUACCAUCUUUUCAGUCAGCUCACCAGUUCACCAGUGCCUCUUGUCUCGAUUGGCCAGUGCCAGCAUUUGACAUGAUAUCACAGUGGUGCUCAGAAUUGGCUUCAUUUGCUGAUAGACAUCCAGAUCAAGUAAAGGCUUUGCUUAUUCAGGAGCCUAAAUGGGACUUGCCACGCCUCCUUCAGUUGCCUGAGAAUUAUAAUACUAUUUUUCAGUAUUAUCACAGAAAGACUUGUUCUGUUUGUACCAAGGUUCCUAAAGAUCCUGCUGUUUGUCUAGUUUGUGGUACUUUUGUAUGCUUGAAAGGACUGUGUUGCAAACAACAGAGUUACUGUGAAUGUGUACUGCAUUCUCAAAACUGUGGAGCUGGGACAGGAAUAUUUCUUUUGAUUAACGCGUCUGUUAUCAUCAUCAUAAGAGGCCAUCGUUUUUGCCUUUGGGGUUCUGUUUAUCUAGAUGCACAUGGUGAAGAAGACAGAGAUCUUAGGCGUGGUAAACCCCUCUACAUAUGCAAGGAAAGAUACAAAGUGCUUGAGCAGCAGUGGGUGUCUCAUACUUUUGAUCAUAUCAAUAAAAGAUGGGGGCCACAUUAUAAUGGCUUGUAAAUCAUCAUCAUCAUCAUCUACACACCAUAUCACUGCUGUUGCCAUGAAUGAAUGCAUCGUGACUGACAAUAGCUUUAACCGAAUGGGAGUUUGGCUCUUUGGCGCGGGGUGAAGUGGGGUAUGGGCAUAAAAGGGAAAUGGAACUUUGUCAACAUGUGAAAUCUUUGCAGAACGAGCUGUUGUUGCUACUAAAGAAUGAUAUAAUAAUUGAAAUUAAAUCCUCAAAAUGGUGUGAGCAAUCUGAUUGCACUCAGUAGUCCAUUUUGCUUGUGUUUUUUUUAAAGCCCGUUAUUGUUAAGAAGCACAAAUUUUACUUAGAGUUAUUUAGAGGCUCCAGGGGUAGCUGUCAGGUUUUUAUUUUUCUCUGCAUGGAGUUGAGUUUUUAGCAAUUUUUGCUGAAACUGUGUAUAUGUCUACUACAUUUACUAAAUAUGUUGGAUAAAAUUUCUUCGCCUUUUUUGUGUUGGCUUCAGGUUUUUGCUUGAUACGCAUUUGUAAUUAGACAGGUCUGUAAAACGAUUGUGAGACUGCAUGGUAACAAUUGGUAUGAAAGCUGAAUUUUAAAGAGAAUUUCACUUCUAAGAGGUCUAUUGAAAUAUUUCAGGCAUUACUGAAAAUGUAUGCAUUCUCAGGAAAUUCAUAAUUUUUUUUCUCCAUGAAUAAAUGAAAUAGCUGUACAUUAGGUUUCUUAUUGCUCUUAAUCUAAUCCAGAACACACAUUCUGUCUUCUCUUUUUUUUUUUCAGAAAGGAGAUUUUUUUUCAUAUAAAUUGAAUAAACUUUUAGUGAUAACAUACAGAAACAUAACAUACAGAAAUUGCUGUAUAUAGAGAAUUUGUAUGGUGCCCAACAUAGCAGAUCCCAGUUAUAAGCAUAACGACCAUAAGCCUCCUGUCAUUCCAAACCAGAUGUAUGUUUCAGAAUGAUUGGAUUGGGAACGUGCAGGCUAUUCUGAAAGUGAAUCAUAAUUUUGUACCUUUGCUGUCAUUUCAGGAGGUUCCUCUAUAUUGUAUUUGUUGAAAGUAAUCACUGUUCUUUCUGCUUGGUUUCCUAAAAAAGGAAAAAUAAAUAAAGAGAAAAAUCAACAGAGGUAGUAGCCUGGAUGAACAACCAAUGCAUGUGCAGCCUCACUGGAUGAAUGCCAAAAGAGUUUAUGCUUAGAGGACUAAGAAAUUCAUGAGAACAGGCAUGACUGGGCUAAACCCCACAGUGUAAGUAGGUAGGAAAGGCUGUAGUUAAAAUACUGGUAUGUAAUAUAUUGCUACUAAUGUUUUUCACAAGUGUUGGACAUUCAUUGGCUAUUUCAUACAGUACUACCAAGCAGUUCCUGGUAGUUUUGACUUUCAUAGCUUGAGUGUAAAAUAAAAUUUAUAUGUGUAAAAUAAAAACAUCUUAUGAUAAAACCACAAAGAAAAGAGUUCCCCAGUGGAAGUCAUUAUCUAGUGAAAAGUGUAUAGGGGAAAUAAGAUUACUGUAUAGCAAUCAAGAACGGACUGAAGGAAAAGUAAGUAAAUACAAUGAGUUUUUCUGAAUACCUGCAAUUCGAAAACCCUACAAUAAAGGAUGCUGGUUUUUAUACAUACAUAUAAAUAUAUAUAUAUUUCAAAAGUAUUACAGUACUUCCUGUAAGAUUAGAAUUACUCUGUUUCACCGACUAAAUGGCUGUCUUUUCCAAAAUAGUACUUUUUUGAUACUGUAUUAUAAGUUCUGCCUGUGAUAUUUUUGCAUUGCUCAUUAUGAAUAUCAGGCCAUUUUGUAAAUGUGGUUAAAGAGCAAAAAGAUUCUUUACAUUGCCAGCAUAACAUUAUUACAGGGCUCCUGAACUUGAGUACAUCUGUAGUUUGAAGCUCCAAUGCUAUAUAUACAAGAGAUAAUGUGUCCGAAAUUUGAUUACUGUGUUUUAUUUAAAAUGGAAUGUUCUCUGGUUGUGCAUAUGGAUGUGAAGUAAAACUAUUAGCCUUAACUUUAACAUCUGGGUAUUUCAUAGUGUUUAUUAUAGUACUGGUGAAUUAGUCACCAGUCGAUUUAAAAACAACAACAACAACAAAAAAUUACUUGGUUGAAAAAUUGUACUUGAAUAUCCUUGCAUGCUGCUAAACAAGAAUUUUUAUUUCCCCCAUAACUUUUUUAAUCCUACUUUGUUAAGCUAAUCUUGAAAAAUAACAGGUCCAAACUAGAGUGGUGUGUGCGUGUUUUACUCAAAUAUUCUGGUGUGAUAUCCUGUAUGAAUGAUCAUUUAAGUACAGUACAUUACUGUAGAAUCUAAAUCAACCCUGAUAACACAUCAGAAGAUUAUAAAACUAGGAAUACAGUAAUCGGCAUUGUAAGAUAUGUUAAUAAAAGUCUACUGUCAAUCUGUGUGUUCAUGAAUUUUUUUUCUCUCUACCUCAGUCAUCCAAAACAACAUUGAAUUCCACCCAAUAGCCAGGCAAUUAUUUAAAUAUCGAAAGCUUAUGCAUGCAAAAUACUUUGCAUAGAGAGUAAACCUGGUAUGUGUUUUAAUUUGUUACUUACGCACAGUCAUGUAUUUUGUAUUAGUAAUUUGGAUUAUUUUACUCAUAGGUAUAGCACUUAAAGUUGUGCUUAAUUUUAUGCCAGCUAUUACAGCAUUGCUGCUGCAAAAUGCUGAAGUUAAAAUGUUGAGUUGAGAAACUGUACUUCUGGGAUAACUGUGCUUGAUCUUUUCUGUCAGAAUUUCUGGAAUAACUAUUUCUUUGAUGAAUGUACAUAUUUAUGUAUUAAAUUUUUCCUUUUCUUUUGACCUUUGA